AUGAUGAGAUUUGGACAAUUUCUCAGUCCAGACCAGAUGGCAGACCUUCUACUGACAGUUGUAGAAAGCUUGAAGGAGGCCAAUGAGAGCACCAUUGAAGCAUCAAAGACUAUUCUGAAUGUAAUCCUGGAGAAGUACAAGCAGAAGAUACAGAUGGAGGUGCCAAAGAUUGUGGACAGGAUCCACUCCCAGCUCAGAGCCAUCCAUCAUUCCCAUGCCAGACAGGUAGUGAUGAUGGCCUUAUGCCUCCUGGCUCGUGCUUUCAUGGAAGAAGUGUCCACAGCCCUUCUAAAGUGUCCACUCCCACUGGACAAAGAUGCAGCUGGGAUGUGGAGAACAUUGGCCAACACAGAGGCAAGCUGUCACUGCCACAGACUUCUGGAUAUGCUGCUGAAGGAGCUGCAGGAGAGGCCAAGCACCUCUGAGGAUAGAGCCUUCAUCAUACCGCUAGCUGGUCCAAGCAGGCUAGCUCCUGCCUCCAUUGUCAGAGGCUGUGUUGUGAAGACAAUGAAGACCCUUCUCCUAAAAAUGGGAUGUCACUACGAGUUCACCUCUGUUGAGAAGGUGGGAGGCUGGGAACUGCUCACUAGCUCUGAGGAGCACCAUCGCGGGGUAGGCCUGCUUGCAAGAGCCAUGGUCCACUAUUCUUGCUGUCAGCUGUGGCGGAUCUUGUACCUUCUGGUCCCGUUCCUCGAACGAGGUGAUAAACAGCACAAGCUCACAGCGAUGGCCUUUUUCGUUGAGCUUCUCCAUAUGCCACAGGCAAAGCGGCUCCCAGAAAAAUAUUCCAUGCUCCGUCUGCUGAAAGGACUGACUGACCCAGAUCCAGUUAUCAGAGCACUGUGCGUCAAAGGACUGAUCACCAUGGCAGACUGGCCAGGGAAGAUAAAGGUCCUGGUGCCAGCCAUGAUAAACAGCUUGUUUGGAGUGGACGGGAGGCUGGUUGUGGAGGCUCUUGCUGAUGUGAAGAAGAUUCUCAGAGGCCUGGAUGUAGCAAGUUAUGUUGGCUGCAUCACCAGUCCCCUUAGGCUCCUCUUUGAUGAUGUAAGACAACGAGGAGUACUACUGUUCACUAUCAAGACCCCUGUCUUCCUGACUUCCUCUGUUUGUGUGUGUCUCUCUCGGGAGAGAAUGAGUGUGCGUUCUGCUGCCAUUUCCUUGUUUGGAAAAAUGGUCAAGAAGGUGAUGAAGAGUCAGGGGCUUAUGAAAGAGGAGGAUGUCUUGGACAGUUUGAUCCCAUUACCUUUGCACCUGCAAGAGGGCAACCCUGACAUGGCUGAGUCAACUCUCGGGGGCUUAAUGCAUGACCCUGAGGCGUCCGUAUGUAUCUUUGCUGCUCAGGCACGUGAACGCGUCCUGGCAGUUUCCUGGAAAGUAAAGUAUGGCCUGGUUGAGCAACACAAAGUGAACAGUGACUCUGCUGAGAAACACAAAAGCCCCCCAAAUCCUCCUGCUACCGAAAGCACCUCAUCCAGGCUGUUCAAUGCCCUCAAUCUCUGGAAAUUAGCUGCCAAGCACUAA